AGAAUAAUUCAUACCAGUAAUAAAGAAAAUUGUCAGAGAAGGACGAUCUUUCAUCUAUCUUUGGGGCAUUUCAACAGGCACCUUGUGUUCGUUCAUUCCGUCAAAUCAACCGCCCUUCAUUCCUCUUUUUUCAUAUAAAACAGAUAUAACCUCCCUCAUACACGCAAACCUGAUCAAAAUAUUUUUCUUCUCAAAAAAAAUCCAACAUACACUAACUCAAAAAAAUGGAAAGUGAAAUGGUCUGUGAUGGAGAAAUCUCAAUAGGCCCAUUUGGAGGUCCCGGCGGUACAGCUUUUAGCUACAAAGCCAAACACGCCAUAAAGCAGAUCGUCAUCAUCAGCAACAACAAUUACAUCGAUUCAAUCUUGUUCAAGGGCGACGCCGCCGACAGCGCCACCACCUCCGACUACUCCAAAACGUUCGGCGGCGGAUUUAAGACCGGCACUCGAACCGACAAGAUUGAUAUCGAUUUCCCAUCGGAUUUUCUCACGGGCGUUAGCGGGACCUACGGCAGCCCUGGCCAAUUUUACAUAAAAUCUCUCAAGUUUUACACUAAGCUUACCGAAUACGGGCCUUUUGGUUACGCCACAGGAACCUCGUUUUCUUUCCACCCGAAAGGUAGCUUGAUUACUGGCUUUCAUGGGCGCGCAGAUGGAUGCAUUGACUCCAUUGGAUUCUAUUUCAAACCCCUUUCCUCCGUUUUUGUGCCCAUUCCUAAAAAGGAAAGCUCAGAGCUUAUCACGCUUCGUCUACAAAAUCUAAUCAACAAGGGCGUAUUGGUCCGAAGUCCAGGACCGUGGGGCGGGCUCGAGGGAAGGGAAUUUGAUGAUGGGGUUUUUGCUGAAAUAAAAAAAGUUCACGUGCAUGAGUGCGGUGACACAAAUGCGAUAUCUGCAGUCCAGUUUCUGUAUGUGAAGAAAGACGGCACUACUAUUUGGUCGCCCAUGCAUGGCUGUUUGGGCGGAGAUGUCGUGAAAAAAAUUGAGAUUGAUGUUGAUGGUGGCGAGUAUUUAGUUGGGAUUGAAGGUUUUCAUGGCCCGAUUGAAGGGAUUACUGGUGAUAUUAGCGUGAUGAGAUCGAUCACAUUUCAUACUAACAAGUUUAAGUACGGUCCAUUGGGAAGUGAGAUUGGCAAAUUCUUCACUUCUUCGAAAGGCUGUGACGGCAAGAUUGUCGGAUUUUUCGGGAAGAGUGGCGCUUAUUUAAGUGCUAUUGGGGGAAGUGAAAUGGUAUGUGAUGGAGAAAUCUCAAUAGGCCCAUUUGGAGGUCCCGGCGGCACAGCUUUUAGCUACAAAGCCAAACACGCCAUAAAGCAGAUCGUCGUCGUCUGCAGCAAAAACAAUGUCGAAUCAAUCAUGUUCAAGGGCGACAGCGGCUCCACCUCCGAGUACUCCAAAACAUUCGGCGGUGCAUUUAAUUCCGGAAUUCGAACAGAUAAGAUCAAUAUCGAUUUCCCACUCGAUUUCCUCACGGGCGUUAGCGGGACCUACGGCAGCCCUGGCCAAAUGUACAUGCAAUCCCUUAAAUUUCACACUAAGCUUACCGAAUACGGGCCUUUUGGUAACACCACAGGAACUUCAUUUUCUUUCCGCCCGAUAGGUAGCUUGAUUACCGGCUUUCAUGGGCGCGCAGGUGGAUGCAUUGACUGCAUUGGAUUCUAUUUCAAGCCCAUUUCCUCUGUUUUUGUGUCCAUUCCGAAAAAGGAGAGCUCGGAGCUUAUCCCGCUUCGUCUCCAAAAUCUAAUCAACAAGGGCGUAUUUGUCCGAAGUCCAGGACCGUGGGGCGGGAUCGAGGGGAGGGAAUUUGAUGAUGGGGUUUUUUCGGAAAUAAAAAAAGUUCACGUGCAUGAAUGUAUUCACACAAAUGCAAUAUCUGCAGUUCAGUUUCUCCUUGUUUAUAUUUAUUUGGGGUUUUAUAUGUUUUUGCAGAUUGAGAUUGAUGUCGACGGUGGCGAGUAUUUAGUCGGAAUCGAAGGUUUUCAUGGCCCGAUUGAAGGGAUUACGGGAGGUGUUAGUGUGAUGAGAUCGAUCACAUUUCAUACUAACAAGUUCAAAUACGGUCCAUCGGGAAAUGAGAUUGGCACAUUCUUCACUUCUUCGAAAGGCUGCGAUGGCAAGAUUGUCGGAUUUUUCGGAAAGAGUGGCGCUUAUUUGAGUGCUAUUGGGGUGCAUAAUAUGUAUCUUUGAAAGUGUUGGGGCUGUUUUCAAAUAUUUCAGGAGUUUUUUUGUAUGUUGAUGGAUAUUUUCCUUCCUUUUCUUAUUUGAUUUAAUUUCAGGAGUUCUUUUGGAUGUGA